GCUAAGUGAACAUCAGUGAACACAAGUUAUCAUAUCAGAUGAGGUUAAAUUAUUGUAGAAAAAGUUAGUUAAUUACGUUAAUCAUGAAUGCCUUAGCCAGGAGCGUUAUAAACAUAGCGAAAACUUGCAUAGCAAGUUCUAUCCAAGGAAGUAUACUAAGCGCUACAGGAACAUGUGUGAAUGCAACGGUGCGAGGGAUAAAUCUUUUGGGACAAAUAAGAUUAGGAAGCACAUUAUGGCAAAUGCACAGAAGAAACAGACCAUACAAAAGACCCAAGCCUUCGAAGAAUCCGUUUGGCGGUCAUCCAUUCAUGAAAGGUGUAGUUUUAAAGACGGUCAUUAAGAAGCCAAAGAAACCUAACUCUGCUAAUCGAAAAUGCGUCAUUGUAAGAUUAUCAAGCGGGAAAGAGAUGGCGGCAUAUGUUCCUGGUAUAGGUCACAAUUUGCAAGAACACAACAUUGUGCUGUGCAGGGUUGGGCGGCUGAGGGAUACACCUGGUGUUAAAAUUAAAUGUGUUCGUGGAAAGUAUGAUUUGCCACAUGUAAUAAAGCGCGAUUAAUUUGUAAAUUAUUAGCUACUAUCAUCUCUGGACUGUAUUAGAACGUAAUGUAAUUCCUAUAUAUAUUCCUUUAUCAGAAAAUAUCAAAUAAAUCAUUUUGUUUUUGUUAAUUAUGUUCAGAUUGAAAAUAACGGUGUUUCUUAAAAUAUUUAAAGGAGCGACAUUUUCUUACGAAUUUUUACUUUUCAGCGGAAUCUUAUAUAAUUCUGGGAUUCGUUGUUUCUUAUAACAUUAGAGAAAUGUCGCAAAUAUUAUGAUAUCUUUUAGUACUAUUAACAAAAUAUUCUCAUACUUAUUGAUAAUAUUAAUAAUUAUAUAAGAUACGUAAUAUCUGCGACAAAUCUUGGACUGAAUAAUUUUCCCGCUUUUUUGAAAGCUUUAUAACAAGGGACUACAAAAUGUUCGAACAAUAUUAUGCAAUAAAUAUGUUUAUACAACAA